CGCCAAACAAUUUUUAGAUUUUGUUGUUGCCUGUUUCUUUUAGUUUUAUCUUUUUAUUUAUUGGUUUGCUGUUGUUAGCCUGGAUGUGGCAGCAGACGCCGUUCAAAGCGCGCAGUUGCCCUUGAAAGUUGUCAUAGCAACGGACGCACAACAAAUGAACAAUUGUUUGCUUUUAAUAUUGCUUUUGGGUUGCGUUUCUCGCGCAAAAAAGGCACGCUAGCUAAAUCGAUUGGCAUUUUUCAACAGAACAUUCAAAAUUUUAAGUGCACAGACAUAACAAAACUUGCCUAUGGAUAUGGAUAAUGCAAGCUUGGCGAUGGAUAUGCUGCGUGCCGCCACAGAACAAAACGAGGCCACAAUAUCGACGUCAUUAAAGAACACAGAUACCGACACACCCAGUGCCAAUCCCAAUCAACUCCCAGUACCGUCUGAAUACGUGUCCCAGUUCCGCAUCGAUGGCCAGCCCAUAUUGCCGCCACUGAUGACAGCGGAAAAGCGACACCAGAUGCAGCAGCUGCGACAGCAAGCUGUGGAACUGGAGGCCAAGUACAGGCAGGCGCAUGUCGUCAGAUCAACAUCGACCAUUGGCGAACAAGAAGCUGCUGCGUCCGACAGCACAAGCAGUGGGCAUAGCAGUAACAACAACAGCAGCAGCAGCAGCAGCUGCUGCGACUUAAACAACGACAGCGCCAUGGAUAACACACAGAGAUUGCCACAUCUGCAGCAAACGGAGACUUUCAUCUAUGACAGCACACGCAAACAGAAGCAUAUGCUGCUAGAUCUAGUUAAUUCUCCGCGCAGUCGACCCCAAACGCUUGACAUCGAGCGAAAGAGUGCGUCAGCAACUUAUUUGAUACCUACCAUUUGUGUUAAUCCGCCAACGCCACAGUGCGAACAGCAGGCAGUCAAACAGCCAAUAGCCACAUGCACAUCUCCAACAGCUAGAGGCUGCAGUCGCACCCUGAGCACACAGCAUCGCAAACUGAAUAACAUAACCAGCCGCAUACUUCAGUUUGAACGCACUGGAUUGGGCCGGAAGACGCCGCUGCAGCCACAGCCAGCCAAAUUAUUGUGGCAGAAUGAGGCUCUAGUUGCUGCGGAUAAGCAAAUGCUGCGCUCAAGCACCAGUCCGUCGCUGAGCGCUGCCCAAGUGAAUAUGACGCAAUUGCAUCGCUCGCGCUCCUUUACGCUGGAGCAGCCGUCACAGGCGCUCGUUGAACAUAUGCAACGCGAAGGCAAAAAACCGCCCAUACCGCCGCCACUGCCACCGCCGCCGUCAGCAACAACAGCCACCGUUCCUCCAGCGCCAACUUCACCUCGCUGCCGAUUUGUACUGCCAGCCAAUGUCGCGUGCAACUCAUCAGUGCAGAGUUUGGCGCAUUUGCGUCGCGACACCGUCGAGUCCAAGGCGAAACAAGUGCAGCGCAGUGCCAGCGCCAGCUGCGUCGAUGCAUACAAAUCGCCAGCGGCAGGACGGCGAAGUGGCGGCAACACAGCGCGUCAGCAGCAGCAGCAACAACUCGAGCAGCUGUUGCAACGUGCGUUGCACGAGACACAUGACGUGCGGGUGGAACAAGAGCAGCUGGAACGCAAGCAGCUGGCGGUGGCCAAGCGAAAGAUGUUUAAGGAUAUAAAAAGCGCGCAUCGUGAUCGUUUUCAGCAAUUGGUUCAGUACCAGCACGAGGAACAGCGUCGCAUGCAGGAGGAAUUCGAUCGUCAGCAAAAGUUUCUCAUCGAACAGAUAUGCGCGGAGAUAAAUGUGUCCGCAUAUGCCCAUCAGCCGAUCACAGACGCGCGCAGCCCGAGCGGCAUCUCCGAGUACACAAGCACAGAUGAUUUACCCACACCGUCACACUCCUCACCCACAAAUACGGUUACACUCAAUUCAAUUGAAACAACGCCGCAUAGCUAUGCGCAAUUUGAUGAGUUGCUGGACAAGGAUUCUGUGUCAAAUACGGCACGCAAGCGCCUCUUUGACGUGGACAACGAUGACGAGGAGCCGAUGGAGCUGCUGCCGCCGCUGCUGCAGAGUGCUUCCAGCUCACCGAGAUCAAUGUCGCUGCGUAGCAGAAGCAAUAAUAGCACUAGAAUUAAAAAGCCAGUGCAGCGCAGCCAUUCGAAGCCGCCCGGGUCCAAGAGGGUGAGCAGUCCAGUGGUGCAGGGCAAGUCACCGCCAGCGCGAAAAGUCAACAACCAGACGACAUCGUCGGGAACCAAAGGCAAUUCACGCAAUCAGCCACAACAACAAACAAUAUCAAAGACGCGUCGGAGUGGCUCGCCCAGCCGUCAGACUCUGUCAACGGACGAGCUGAAGACGCAGCGACGUCACAUAGCCGCCACUGUUCUCAAUGCCGCUGCACGCGGCUAUUUGGUGCGCCGUCUAUUCCGAACCGAGCAAGUGCAGCGCAUUGUUCAGACUAUACGCGAUACACUCAUCUUCGUGCUCAAUCUGCAUCUGGAGACGUACGGCAACAGUCUCGACCAGGAGGAGCCGGCAAAUAUACGCCUUAAGGCGCGCCUGUUGCAGCAGCUGUGCUCAGCCAGCCGCACUCUGCACCUGAUCUUCUUUCAGACGAGCAUCAAGGAGCGCAUGGAGAUUAUCGCGCGGGAUCGCAAACGGAUUAAAACAAAGCUUUUGGCUAUGCAUGUCAAGAAACGACACUAAACAAUACUCAGGGGAGGGGCAGUUGCUACUCCUAAUUGUCGAAUCGAUUUCGCUCACAACUCCUUAUUCUGCAACGACAAGCGUGUUUAUAUGAAUACAAUAAAGACUAUAUUCCUUUUGUGCCUUUGCAUACUUGUUACAAGCA